CAUAAAAAUGUUGCGGUCACCAAUACACACUAUAUUUUGCCCUCUCCCUAUCGCUACACUUUGCUGCUUCUCUUUAUCUUCAAUCCUCCUCAUCCCCUCGAGUUUGCCACAAGCAUUUGCCAUUGCCAAUCACCAUGAGAAUUCUGUUGAUCAUCACUUCCCUAGCAUUUAUUUUCUCCUUGACCACAUCAACAACAACAGAAACAGCAGUCUACAAAGCCCAAACGCCAUGCACAAUGUGCUACUCCUGCGAGAACCCAUGUCAACCCCUUCCAUCUCCACCGCCACCACCCGUUCUCCCCAAAUGCCCCCCACCGCCUCCACCUCCUUCUCCUCCUCCACCACCACCGCCAGCUCCCCCUGAAUGUCCACCACCACCAGCUCCAGAGGAAGAAUGCCCUGCAUGCGUACUACCGCCUCCAAUUCCGCAUCUGCCUCCUAGGCAGCCUCGUUAUGAUCCUCCACUCAGUGGUUCAUUUUAUGCGCCUCCAGUUCCCGGUUAUGGGAAUAACCCGAUGCCUUACUUCCACGAUUACAACCCUUCUUCUGCCUUCAACUCUGUCCAUUUGCAACUGCAACAGGUUGUUUUAGCUGUUUUGCUUUACCUGAUCACUCUAUGCUGCUUCUAACAAGAAAAAUAAUGUCGUUAUGAAUAUAUGGAACUUCUGAGCAGUUCAUGAUCAGCCAAUAGGAAUUGACAGUAGAGAAAAAUGCAUGACUGCAUUAGAAGAAGAAAAAGAAAUAAGGUUUGUAGUUUGUCGAGUGGUAUGGGAAAAGUCCUAUUUCAGACUCUACAUUUAUAAUGCAUUAAUAUGGUAUGUUCUUUGUGUUCUUAUGAAUUGUACAGUAAUAAUAAUAAAUUGGAGUUUUUAUUUCAA